AUGUUGCGCGACCGUGACACAGCGACCAAGAAAGCGCUCCAUUUUGGUGCGGGAAAUAUCGGGCGCGGUUUCAUAGGACCGCUUCUGGCAAACUCUGGGUACCAUGUCAUAUUCGCGGAUGUGGAUGAAGAUACCAUCAACAAGCUAAACGAGGUGGAUACAUACGGGGUACAUAUCCUCGAUAAGGAUGAACAUUUCCGGCACGUUGAACCUAUUGGCAAUGUCUCGGGCGUGCUUUCACACCAGCCCGAUGCACAGUUUUUCACUGCCGACCCUACCGUACACCUCAUCACCACCGCCGUUGGGCCCAACGUCCUCCCCAAGAUUGCCCCAACUAUCGCCGAGGGCCUUUCCCAAAGACGAAAGUCUCACCCGGACGGAGGAAUCAACAUCAUCGCUUGCGAGAACAAGGUCGGCGCAACCGCCAUGCUUCGUGACGAGGUGCUCAAGUCCCUUUCUCCUGAAGACGCUGCCUGGGUGAAAGAGCAUGUUGGGUUCGCCAACUGUUCGGUUGACCGCAUCAUCCCACCAUUCGAUCCGAGCGAGGAUCCUGAGGCAGACAACGACCUAGACGUUGGGGUGGAGGGAUUCUUCGAAUGGGUCGUCGAGUCCCCCGCUCUCAAGGAGCCGAAGCCGCACAUCGAGGGAAUGCAGCUCACAGCCGACCUGGUUGCGUACGUCGAGCGUAAACUGUACACGCUCAAUACCGGGCAUGCCACGUGCGCGUACCUUGGGUACCUGAAAGGGUUAUCGACAAUCGAUGUGGCUAUCUUAGAUCCCGAUAUUCGGCGAGCCGUCGAAGGGGCUCUGGAGCAGUCCGGCGCAGCGCUGAUCAAGAAGCACGAUUUCAAUGUGAAAGAACAUCAGGCGUACAAACAGAAGAUUCUAGAGAGGUUCGAGAAUCCCGCCUUGAAGGACAGCACGGACCGAGUUGGCCGCCAACCGAUGCGAAAGCUGGGCAAGCAGGACAGACUCGUAGGGCCGGCUAUGAUGUGCCGUGAACUUGAACUUCCGAACGACUGGCUGCUGAAUGCCGUGGCUGCUUGUCUCCUGUAUGAUGUUGAGGAUGACGAGCAGGCCAAGGAACUCACAGGAAUGAUUGCAGAAGAUGGGGUAAUCAAAGUUGUGCGGGAGCUGACGGGACUGACCAUGGAUGAGGUCAGCACGGUGGAGCGCAAGUAUGAGGAACUGAAGAAAUGGAAAAAGCAAUCGGGUCGCUUGGAAACGGCGUUCUUUUUCCGAGAAGGUGCAUGUGUUUGA